CAGAACCUAUCUCCGCCAGACAGCCAGCUCUGCGACCCCACGUCCACAAGCAGCCCGAGAAGACCACCCGAGUCCGGACUGUCCUCAAUGAAAAACAGCUUCACACCUUGAGGACCUGCUACGCUGCCAACCCCAGACCUGACGCCCUCAUGAAAGAGCAACUGGUAGAAAUGACUGGCCUCAGUCCGAGGGUCAUCAGGGUUUGGUUUCAAAACAAGCGGUGCAAGGACAAAAAAAGGAGCAUUAUGAUGAAGCAACUUCAGCAACAGCAACCCAAUGACAAAACUAAUAUCCAAGGGAUGACAGGAACUCCGAUGGUGGCUGCUAGUCCGGAGAGACAUGACGGUGGUUUACAGGCGAACCCGGUGGAGGUGCAGAGUUACCAGCCGCCCUGGAAAGUCCUGAGUGAUUUCGCGUUGCAGAGUGACAUAGACCAACCUGCUUUUCAGCAACUAGUUAAUUUUUCAGAAGGAGGACCCGGUUCCAACUCUACUGGAAGUGAAGUAGCAUCAAUGUCCUCUCAGCUGCCAGAUACGCCCAACAGCAUGGUAGCCAGUCCUAUUGAGGCAUGAAGAACAUUCAUUCAGAUUUCUGUUGUUGUUGUUUCUGACCUUACCCUCAUCCCGGUUGGAGAGAGUGGGAAAGUGAUCUCAUUGGGACUCCGAAAUUUAGGGGAUAAAAUAUUUAACAACCCUGUAAUGAACCUAGCAAGGAACCACUCCAUGAAGUGAACGGAGUCAUGUCUGAAAAGACAAGGUAAUAUGGUAGCAACACUGUGAAGACAAUCAUGGGAUCUUACUAGA